AUGGCCACCGCUCCAGCUCCCGCUCUCAAUGCUUACCGACACCUUAUGCGCGCGGCGCGAAUCGCUUUCCAAGGCGACGCCCCUAUCCUCUCUGCCGCUCAGCUUCAGAUCCGCAACGAGUUCCGCCAAAAAGCCUCGGCUGAUGCUGCUGAUGCUUCUGCAGCGAUUAAGCAUGCCGAGGAGGUAGCAAAGGUCCUUCGUCAGAACGUUGUUCAGGGUCAAAGGACAGAGGAGGGCAAGGACACGUUCAGUGAGUUCAGAAUGAUUGGUAGAAGGCGAAGACGGAAGCUAAUAGCAUUUACAGAGCUGAGAAUACACGAAGACAUUGAGCGAGGCGAUAACGAGUCCAUCAAGACGGCUGGCAAAGGCACAGUUGGAGGUGGCUGCUGCGGCGGUGGUGGUAAAAAAUGA